GAUUCCAUUGGCUUAAUAGCGGACACGUAAUGUGGUUGUGGGCGGGGUUUGAAGCCAUACGUCGCCUGGCGUCCAGCGGUUGCCAGCAGCGCCUGGUUUGGCAGGAAACAGGAGACGAGCUGCUCGUCGGAGCGACUGUGUGUCACGCGCAGUGUUUAAUAGUGCAUUGUUGCCAUGGAGACCACCAGGAGACACGUCCACCCCAGGGGCAAAGGGACGGCCUCUGGACGCAGGGAUCAGACAGCACAGUGGGGCAGAGCAUGGGAGGUGGACUGGUUCUCCCUGUUCGGCGUCGUCAGCCUCCUGUGCUUCGCCCCCUUCAUCGUCUUCUACUUUGUGAUGGCCUGUGAUCAGUACCAGUGCUCGGUAACCCAGCCUCUGCUUGAGUUGUACCGAGGAGAGACCAGCCUGCCCACGAUCUGGGCCCGGUCGCCCUCCUUCAGCUGGGCAGCUGUUAAGAUCUAUGGCGUGUGGGUGUCGUUCCAGGUCUUCCUCUAUAUGUGCAUUCCUGACGUUGUUCACAAGUUUCUUCCUGUAUAUGUCGGUGGAGUGCAGGAUGGAGCGCGAACCCCUGCUGGCCUGAUUAACAAGUAUGAGAUCAACGGGCUCCAGUGUUGGCUGAUCACUCAUGCCCUGUGGUUUGCCAACGCUCACUAUUUCCACUGGUUUUCGCCCACCAUCAUCUUCGACAACUGGAUCCCUCUGAUGUGGUGCUGCAACAUCCUGGGCUACACCGUGGCCACGUUUGCUUUUAUAAAGGCCUAUCUGUUCCCCACAAACUCCGAGGACUGCAAGUUCACGGGAAACGUCUUCUACAAUUACAUGAUGGGCAUCGAGUUCAACCCGCGCAUCGGGAAGUGGUUCGACUUCAAGCUGUUCUUCAAUGGCCGCCCGGGCAUCGUAGCCUGGACUCUGAUCAAUCUAUCCUACAUGGCCAAGCAGCAGGAACUGUACGGCCACGUCACCAACUCCAUGAUCCUGGUCAAUGUACUGCAGGCCAUUUACGUAGUGGAUUUUUUCUGGAAUGAAGCAUGGUACCUAAAAACUAUUGAUAUCUGCCACGACCACUUUGGAUGGUAUCUGGGCUGGGGGGACUGUGUCUGGCUGCCUUACCUCUACACGCUACAGGGUCUGUACCUGGUGUACCACCCGGUGCAGCUCUCCGACCCCCACGCCCUCGUCGUCCUGUUGCUUGGCCUCGUUGGAUAUUACAUCUUCCGCUCCACCAACCACCAGAAGGACGUGUUCAGGCGCACCGACGGCUCCUGCUCCAUUUGGGGCCGCAAGCCGGCGUUCAUCGAGUGCUCGUACCGCUCGGCCGAUGGCGGCGUCCACCGCAGCAAGCUCCUCACCUCGGGCUUCUGGGGCGUGUCCCGCCACUUUAACUACACCGGCGACCUGAUGGGUUCCCUGGCCUACUGUGCCGCCUGCGGCUUCGCUCACAUCCUGCCAUAUUUUUACAUUGUCUACAUGAGCAUCCUGCUGGUCCACCGGUGUGUGCGCGACGAGCACCGCUGCAGCAGCAAGUAUGGCAGGGACUGGAAGCGCUACACUGAUGCGGUGCCAUACCGGCUGAUCCCUGGAGUGUUUUAAAAACAGGGAGUGAGGAGGAGGAGAGUGAGGAGAAAGGUGGGGGUGAGGCACAUGUCCAGAUAAAUAUGGCAAUUAUGAAUUGGAGAAAGACAAAUACGUGUGUUAUCGUUAUGUAUGUGUUUUAAACUUACAAAGAACGAAACAACACACAGCUGCAUUUUAUACAUUCUCUGAAUGAUAUUUCUUUUUACAGUAUAUGUAUAGUUUAUAUACUGUACAGCCUCAGCAAAGGCAGUUUAUACCAUUCAGUGUAUCUUUAGAACUAUUAGGACCAAGUACAAGAUGAACUGUUUCAAACAACACCAGGAACAGAAACAGCCAGUUUAGUAGUGGACUAGUAAAUUCCACACAAGGCUGCAACAUUCCCAUAAUUCAGUUUAGAAUAGGUUCUACUGUAGGUUGCUAUGGUAACCUGUUUAAUUUAUUAGAUGAGUUUAAAAAAAAAAACGUGUUUCACUUUUGAUAGAAUACUAAAUCUGUUUGAUGUCAUUGUGACUCUAGAAGCUGUUAGGUUCAUAAUAAGUAGUCCAAGUAGUAGAGUAGCUUCGCUGCUGCCCCAACUUGACCACAUACUCAACACUCAUUGGCCACUUUAUUAGGAACACCUGUGAAGACAUUCUACUUUUACAAGGUGAUAUUGUUUUUAACUCAAAGCUGUCAGAGAGAGAGAGAGAUUGUGUUUUAUUGAGGUGGUUCGACUGUUUUAGCCAACACGUUUAAAAUGAAAAAUGGAGCCUGUAUUGCCUCAGGGAUUAAUGCAACUUACCUCAUCUUAUUACAAACUAAGAAAUCACAACCUUGUAAAAGAAGAGCUCAGAGUUGACGCGUUGGUUUGUAUUUGAUUGUUCAGAUAGUGUGUGCCUCAUAAAGCAGCCAAUGAGCACAUGAUGAAUCCUCAUCUCUCUAGUCUAUCACACACAUUUUUACAUUCAACCAGAGAAUAACUGUGGGACAUUGAUUUACUUAAUUGGUGAAACUGGUGUUUAUUUCCUGUCAAGCAAUCUAAAAUGCAACAGUGCAAGUUUAGCAGUGGUUUCAUCGCUUUGUCUUAAACUGUCUUGAUCGUUUCUGCUCAUCUGUUUGCAGCACAUUUGUCUUUUUAUUACCUCAUACCAGCACUGCCUUUGUAGUAAUAAACCAAUAAAAUAUAUAUUUUUCAAUUUUAA